CCUAGCUUCCAGGAAGAGGACACGGUCAAGCGGAGUUGAGAAAUUAUAUAUUUUUCGUUUACCGUUCGUCGGGCUGCAUCGUGUGCCAUGGAACAAUAGUGGUUUUGGAUAUGUUUUAGCUGUAAAACACGUUUAACACACGCGGGAUUAUUUUAUGGCUCACCAGAGGUUUUAGAACGGUUUUACAGAUAACGGGAUAAAGAUGCCAUUGCACGGGAAGAUAGUUGUGUUGAAGAGGAGCGGGGGAGAUGGGACAGAGUUCCCCCUGACUGCCUCCUGUAUGUUUGGAAGGAAGCCUGAUUGUGACAUUCGCAUUCAGCUUCCUCAAGUGUCGAAGGAACACUGCAGAAUUGAUCUCAAUGAAAACAAAGAGGUAAUUUUGACAAAUCUCAGCUCAGUGAAUCCAACACAAGUUAAUGGUCAGGCUUUGCAGCAGUCAGAGCGUCUUAAACAUGGAGAUAUAAUAACUAUCAUUGAUCGUUCUUUCAGGUUUGAGUAUCCUCCUCCACCAACGCCAAAAAAGAGAUCAUCUGUUGGAGGAAAAGUUGAGACGCCUGCAAUUGACCCACAUCUAAAAGAUGGGGCCAAUAUUGACAAUAUUCAGCGGUCUCUGGAGAAGACACAGGAGUUGGAGUCCAAAGAGGAUACCAGUCUGCUGGAAGGCAAAACGGCAUCACCUUUCAGUGAUUUGUAUCAAAUGAUCAAACAGUCUCUUGAUGUUAAGACACCCCGCAAGUCUUCUGUCAGUGUCCUGCAGACUCCUUCAUCCAGGUUAUGCACACCAAGACCACAGUCGGCUAGGAAAAGCAAUCAAACACCUGUGGAAGAAAAAGGAACACCCCAAGAAGCUGACUUGAUCAUUCCAGUUAAUGAGGCACAUGCUGGAGAUUCAUCGCUGCCUGCAACUCCAAAGUCAGGCAAAAAGAGGCGCUCUGCUCAACUCGCUACAGAAAGAGCUACACCGGCUGUCCCUACCUCUCCUCGUCCUACUCCACAGAAGUUUACUGUGAGUGAAGCGCUUGAGCAAAUAUCACAAACUGCAAGGUCACCAUCAGGAAGGAGGAGCAAAGAGACCACAUCACCUGUAUCCACAAAUGAACAAGUUGGAUCUCCUUCAAAAACCUGCAAGAUGACCCCAAAAAGCUCAGAGAAGGAGAAGUCCAAAAAACGCAAGAAUGAGGAGCUUGCUGCAGACCUGCCCUCACAACAGGUGAAGAGGAAGAGAGUCUCUUUUGGCACUCAUCUGAGUCCAGAGCUAUUUGACAAGCGCCUGCCCCCUGACUCUCCUCUGCGCAAAGGAGCCACCCCACGGAGGAGCCUGUCUCUUUAUAAACCUAAACAGUCACUGCUCAGACGGGCUUCUGUGAUUGGGUUGCUCAAGGAGUAUGAAAGCCCAAAAGCAAAAAGUCCUGCUAAAAUGAAAACUCCUUCACCUAAGAAAUCAAGUGCUUCUCCAAAAACACCAACUUCGGGGAAAAAAUCACCAGCAUCUCCCAAAUCACCGGCCUCAAGAGCCCAGUCCCCAAAAACUAAAACCCCAUCACCUGGAAGGAAAUCUACCAUCCUGACUGAAGCCUCCCCCAAAGCAAAGUCACCUACCCAGAAGGUUCAGACUCCAAAAUCCUCCUCACCCAGAAAGACUCCCACCCCCAAGAAAGCCUCUCCUAAAACACCCAAAUCACCCAAGGCAGUGUCACCCAAAGGUCAGACGCCAAAAUCUAAAUCUCCAUCUCCUGGAAAGGGUGCUACUCCCAGGAAGGUUUCCCUUAAGACACCCUCACCAAAAUCUGUCAAAACUACCCCUUCCAAGUUCACUGAAGAAACACCUAAGAGAAAGUCACCAGGCCUUGUGGUUAAAACACCUCUUCUGUCAGCAGAUCAGACUCCAAAAGUGCAAGGGCGUUUUUCUGUGUCCCGUAUCGACACACCAUCUCCAAUAGCUGAAGAUGUUGUGGUGGAGUCUGUCCCUUCAGCCAUGGUUACUCCUAAAAUCCCACUGAGGAGGAAGAGCAUGAAAAGCUCUGCAAAGAAAACUCCAACUCUGAAGAGUGCUGCUAAAGUGAUGCGCAGAAAGAGUGGCAUCAUGAGAGCCUCUAUGAAAGUGAUGACAUCCUGGGCAGACAUUGUGAGAUUUGGUAAAGCUAAAGUCCAAGUGGCUGUUCCAAGCAAAUCACAAGUCACCAAAAAGACCAAGAAGAAGAAGGCUGUUCCCAAACCACAAACCCCCAAGCGACGACUUGUGGACCAUGUCAGCACAGGACAUGCUGCUUCCCCUGCAACAAUAGUCGUGGGAAGAGCUCACAGGCUGAGAGUUGCACAUUCAGGUGCCCCACCAAAAAUUGUCACCAACACAGCAGUGCUAAGAAAGAACCUUUUACAGGAUGAAGAUUUGACUGGAAUUUCUGAUAUGUUCAAAACCCCUAAAAAUGAGAAGAGACAAUCGACCAAAAUCACGAGUGCAACAAGGACACCCUUGACAGAUGUCAACAAGUCACAGAUAGAGCCGUCUGUUUUGAAUACGCCGGAGGAGACUGGUGAAAUGGUUGUAUCACCAAUGAGUGUUGCAUCUACAGUUAAAGGUAGAAGAUACAACAGUGAGGCAGUCCAGCGUCUCCUUGAUGAAGUUCCUCUCAUGGACAUUCAGUGUGAAUCCACUGAACAUGGCAUAGAAGUGAAAGUGAAUACGCCAAGAACUCAGAAAUCAAAACUGCAGGCGCAGGAAAGUCUGACUGGAGUGAAAAGGAUGAAGACUCCAAAACAAAAGGUAGAACCUGUCGAAGACCUGAGAGGCAAACUUCUCAAGACUCCAAAAGAGAAGUUUGAGCAACAGGAGUGUCUGUCUGCAGUAAAACACAUUAUGAAGACUCCAAAAGACAAGAUUGAGCCAGUUGAGGACCUGAGAGGAAAGCUAUUGAAAACUCCUAAACAAAAGAUUGAGCAGCAGGAAGACUGUCUCACUGGAGUAAAGCGAAUCAUGAAAACUCCUAAAGAGAAAGCCUUACCUGUUGAGGACCUGCAGGGAAAGCUGCUGAAAACUCCUAAACAGAAGCCUGAAAUGCCAGACUGCCUCUCUACUGUCAAAAUGAUCAUGAAGACUCCAGACCAGAAGGUGGAACAACCAGAGCGCAUUAGUGGAGCCAAAGGACUUGCAAGAACCCCUAAACAUACAACUGAGCAGCCAGAAUGUCUGACUAGAGUGAAGAGGAUCAUGAAGACGCCAAAAGAAAAGUCUGAAGUGAUCGAUGACAUCAGGGGCAAACUCCUACUGACUCCCAAACAGAAGGGUGAACAGCAAGUGUUUCUGACUGGAGUGAAAAGAAUCAUGAGGACACCCAAACAGAAGGUUGAACAGCAAGUGUUUCUGACUGGAGUGAAGAGAAUCAUGAGGACACCCAAAGAGAAGGGCCAACCAGUGGAGAAGAACUUUGGCCUUAAAAGGCUCCUGAGGUCACCGCGAUUGAGGGGACAUGCUCCAGUGGAAGACUUUGAGGGACUUGAAGAGCUAAUGAAAGAACCAAUUGAAGAGCAAACAUCUGAAAAUGCAGAAGAAACUGUUGAUGGUCAGCCAGAGACUUCUGAACAAGCAGUAGUUGAUCAAACUAAAUCUGACAAAGUAAUUACUCCUAAAGAAGUAGUUGUCGACCAACCAGAGAGUACCUCUAUUUUCUCAGAAGAUGUUAGUGAAACCUCAGCUGUGGAGUCUAUACAAGGUUCUCUUGGGACAAAGCAUAUGCGUGGUAGAAGAGCAAAGGUCUCUAAGCCUAAAGUAGAGGACAAACAAGAUCUCUCUGAAGAAACUGUUCAGGCACCAGUUAAAAGCAGACGAUUGAGGAAAGUAGAGUGUACAGCCCCUAGACAGACAACACGAGGUAGGACUGCAAAGGUCUCUAAAGAGGAGGAGUCAGAGGAGCCUGUUCAUGAGGAAAGUGUUCCUGAGUCCACAGUCAAGCCAGUAAUACCCAAAACAUCUGAAGAAAGUUCCCAGGAGCAAAUUGAGGAAGUAAAAAUUUCUCCCAUUGAACCACUGCUAGAAAUGGAGUGUGAACAGAAUCUCCACACUGCUGUCCAGAAGGUAGAAAUUCCUGCAGCAUCAGAGCAGCCUGCUGUGAAACUAAGACGAGGCAGAAAGACCAAAGCUGCAAAACCUUGUGAUGUCACUGUGACAGCAGCCAGCAAUGCUACACCAUCUGCUAAGGCUCCAGAAUCAAAUGAAAUAAUGCCCAGUAACAACCAGAAUGGUGACGCCCCUGAAAAACUUACAAAACCUGCUUGCGGCAGAAGGGUCAUGGAAACUGACGCAGAGAAAGGGUUAGUGCCUGCUGAGGAUGCAAAGAAUGAAGAGGUUUCAGCCUUUGUUCCAGUUAGAGGCCGUCGAGGCAAGAAAAUUGAAGCUCCAGCAGACCCUGCUGUCAAACAGAGGCGAGGGAGAGCUGGAAAAGGCCAAAAAAGCACUGAAACGGUUAAUGUUUUACCAGAAGAAACUCGACAGGAGGCUGAGUCUGUCCCUGAACAAGCUGAUGAUCCUACAUGUGUUUCUGAACCUGCUGAAGAAAUUCAGGAAAAAUACAAAAGAGGGAAAAAAAUUAAGGCCCCCGUUGACCCAGAGCCAAAGAUCAUUGUAGUUGAAAGUGAGCUGCCAGCUCAGUUAGAGCUAUCUGUGCCCAAUGAGAAACCAAAACGGGGGAGAAGAGCAAAGACACAAGAAGAACCUGCCCAACCAGAGGCAGAAAGUGCUGUAGAAGAAGCCAGCCCACCUGCUGUGGAUGAGGCUGUUGACAUGGAGCUCUCAGUACCCACUGAGAAACCCAAAAGAGGGAGAAAACUCAAGUCUGCAGCUGAACCUCUCCAAACUGAGACUGAAAUCACAGAAGUGAAGAGUAAGCCUGUUGUUAAAUCCCAGACAGAGAAGCCUAAAAGAGGGAGGAGAGCUAGACCUGCAGAGAGUAUUCAGAGCACUGAAGUCUCACAGAAUCCUAUCCAGGAAAAAAGGGGGCGCUCUGCUAAACUGGAGGAAGGGCACAAAUCAGUGCCUGAGCAACAGCCAUCAAAUGUUAUAUUUCCAGAACCUCCUAAGAAAAUGCGGGGAAUCAGGAAAGUAGAAGAACCAAGUGAGGAGCUCCAGAUAAAAGAGACUGCGGAAAAGACUCCAGUCAUUGCAGAGCCAGUCAGGCCUGAACCACCAGCUCCCAGAUCUCGGCGAGGGGCUCCAAAACGAAAAGAGGCUGAAAAUAUCACUCCAGAAGAAGACACUGAAGAGGUGUCUGUGAGUAGUGCUACAAACAAACCCAAGAGGGGCAGAGCGAGCAAACAGGAGGCCAAAGGAGAGAUCAAGGAAUCAGAGGUAAAUGCUCCUGAGCAGGCUUCUGAAGAUGACACUGCUCAAGCUAAACCUACAAGAAGACGAGGCAGACUUGCAGCGCCUGCUGUCCCAGCUAAAAGGGCUCGCAGAGGGGCACUUGUUCCCUCUGAGGAGAGCCCUGCUCAGGCCACAGAGGAGAUUUGUGAAUCUGUAACUGUCGAGCCUGUAAAAAGGGGCAGAAGAGCAACUAAGAUGCCAGCAUAUGCUCAAGGGUGUAAAAGCCAAGACAACUCUACUCUUGAACUCAGUAAUGAAGUGGAAGACACAGGCAAAUCUAAAAGAUCUGUCAAGUGGAAUUCAGAUUUUCAAGUGAUAGAAGUUACACCCUUGAAGACAAUUCGGGGGAGAAAGACAAAAUCUGCUCAAAAGAAUGAGGCUGAAAAUGUGCCACACAAUGCCACAAAUGCUGAAGAGAAGGAUCUCUCGGAAAAUGCCCAACCAGUGAAGAGAGCAAGGCGAGGGGUGAAGGCAGCUGUGGAGGAAGAGUCCACCAAGACCAAUGUGGACAAUACAAAAGCUGAGACGCAGCCCAAAACCAGAAGAGGUAGAGUGGCUAAGAAAUGAUUCCUUUUGUAAAUGGUGCUAAACAGACUUUGUAUCCAAUUAUUUUUAUUUUGUUUUAUAUGCAUUUUAGAACAUUUAGUGUGUAAAAACAAAAGCACUGUUUUAUUUUUUUCACUGAAUACUGCAGGGAAUCUUGUCUUAAUAUUUUGUAUCAGGUUUAGUUGUGUCUAACCCAUGGAUCUUCUUGCAAGUGUUAUAUGAUGAACAAAAAACAAACUUUAUUAAAUUUUUUACAUGUAAGAAUACUGUGUUUAUCAUUUGUUUAAACAUGGACAGCUUUUUGCAAUGUUGCAAGCUUACUUGGUUCACAUAUGGCAGCUAAAGUUUAAAUGAUAUUUUGAUCAUUACUCAUGCUGAAAAUAAAGGUACAACAAUGGUGA